GCCAGCGCCAAGGGAAAAGAGCAGGGGCUGCCUGGCCGCCGCGCACCGGCUUUGUCAUGAUGGCCAGCUACCCCGAGCCCGAGGACGCCGCGGGGGCCCUGCUGGCCCCGGAGACCGGCCGCGCAGCCAAGGAGCCCGAGGCGCCGCCGCCGCCGCCGAGCCCCGGCAAGGGAGGCGGCGGCGGCGCCGGGACAGCCCCGGAGAAACCCGACCCCGCGCAGAAGCCCCCGUACUCGUACGUGGCGCUCAUCGCCAUGGCGAUCCGAGAGAGCGCCGAGAAGAGGCUCACGCUGUCCGGCAUCUACCAGUACAUUAUUGCCAAGUUCCCGUUCUACGAGAAGAACAAGAAGGGCUGGCAGAAUAGCAUCCGCCACAACCUCAGCCUCAACGAGUGCUUCAUCAAGGUGCCGCGCGAGGGCGGCGGCGAGCGCAAGGGCAACUACUGGACGCUGGACCCGGCCUGCGAGGACAUGUUCGAGAAGGGCAACUACCGGCGCCGCCGCCGCAUGAAGCGGCCCUUCCGGCCGCCGCCCGCGCACUUCCAGCCCGGCAAGGGGCUCUUCGGGGCCGGAGGCGCCGCGGGCGGCUGCGGCGUCGCUGGCGCCGGGGCCGACGGCUACGGCUACCUGGCGCCCCCCAAGUACCUGCAGUCCGGGUUCCUCAACAACUCCUGGCCACUACCGCAGCCGCCUUCGCCCAUGCCCUACGCCUCCUGCCAGAUGGCGGCGGCCGCUGCAGCGGCGGCCGCCGCCGCUGCAGCCGCGGGCCCGGGCAGCCCGGGCGCGGCCGCGGUGGUCAAGGGGCUGGCUGGCCCGGCAGCCUCGUAUGGGCCGUACUCACGCGUGCAGAGCAUGGCGCUGCCUCCCGGCGUGGUGAACUCGUACAACGGCCUGGGAGGCCCGCCGGCCGCCCCCCCGCCGCCGCCGCACCCUCACUCACACCCGCACGCACACCAUCUGCACGCGGCCGCCGCACCCCCGCCGGCCCCGCCGCACCACGGGGCAGCCGCACCGCCCCCGGGCCAGCUCAGCCCCGCCAGCCCUGCUACCGCCGCGCCCCCGGCGCCCGCGCCCACUAAUGCGCCGGGCCUGCAGUUCGCCUGCGCCCGGCAGCCCGAGCUCGCCAUGAUGCAUUGCUCUUACUGGGACCACGACAGCAAGACCGGCGCGCUGCACUCGCGCCUCGAUCUCUGAGAACCCAGCGCGCGCCGGCUGCGAGGAUGCAGGGACGUGCGACGCCGGCCUUAGCCGCAGCCACCGCCUCC